GCAAUCAACCAAUAGGAAGAAAUAUAAAAAACUAGCUAAUCUUGACCAAAACUAGUAAAUAAAAUGUUGACAAUACGCUGUGGCAAGAACUUUGCGCUGACCAUGAGGCAUAUAAGUCGUGCAGCUCAAGUGCAGUCAAGUUGCGGAUUUUCGGCCUGGUCAAGAACACAAUUGCAGCACCAACAACAACAAUUACAGCAGCAACGGAAGCAACCAAAGCAGCAGCAAGCCAGAUGGCUGGCAACGCCAGUGGCUGAUAAGGACACUGAUGAUAAGGAUCUAAAACGCAUAUAUUACGGAACAUUAGCUCCACGCAUGAGGCUGGUGAAGCUGUUCUCGCUCAGCACCAGCCUGGCCGGUUUGGCUGCUCAGCCCAUCCUCAUGGAGCAGGGGAUGAAGAUCGGUGGUACGGGCAUGGCGGUCUUCCUCUGCUCAGUGGGUGGGUUUUUUACCUUUGUGACGCCAAUUCUGCUACAUUUGGUAACCAAGAAAUAUGUGACGGAGCUACACUAUAAUCAAGCUACUGAUGAAUAUAUAGCUACCACAAUAUCCUUAAUACUGUUGAAGAUCAAGACGAAGUUUCGAGCAAGCGAUGUGACUGUCCCUGAGGUUCCGGGCAUGUUUACCUCAUUUUUGGUAAAGAACCGCCCGCUCUUCGUUGACCCAGCGCUCUUUGAUGAUCCCGAACAUUAUGUUCGAAUUAUGGGCUACGAUAAGCCCAUAGACUUUAAAUUAAAUUUAAAGCACGAAUCGGAGCAAAUUCAAAAGAAAGAAAAAUAA